AUGGCUCUUGUCUCGUAUGUUAUCUAUGCGAACUUCGCAGCAAGGUAUCUGUUUCAACCGUGCUAUUCCUCGCUACUAAAUUUCCGCCGCCAUCCCCAGGAAUACAUCCUCUCAGUCAUCAUCGAAGGUACCGGUCUCACUCCCCAAAACAGUUUCCACUGGUCUCUUGCCUUCUACCAGCCUAGCUCCAACCUCGCUAACACCUGCCAGGCCCUUCUCCUCUCCCCCACCCAUCUCAUAUAUCCCUUUGACAGACGAGAUGGGGUGCUAUUCCCACUACCUGGUGCGGAUGUUAUUGUAAAACUUGCAGAACUCAGCCAGCUGCAGUAUUUAAUGGAAUUGUUGGGAAAGAACCGGCGCCGAUGA